AUGGCGCAGGAUCGGCUCACAGCUCUGGUGAAGAAACUGUAUAUGCCUGCAUUCUCAUCCUUAAGAAAAAGCCUUGACAUACAGCCUGGAAAUUUGUUUCCGGUCACUGUCCUAGAUGCGAGUGCGAGUGCCUCUUGGGAAGCAUGGCCUCAGGCGCUAGGGGAAGCCCUUCAGGCACCCAAUCGAGUAUUUGUUCAUAUGACACCGGCUCAGUGUGUCAACAUCACGUCCGCGCUAAGUGCAGUCGUAUCGCAAGUGGCCCGAUCAGUGCCUGUCACUCCAGAAACCCAGCAACUGUUCCAGCAGUAUGACGCCAGCGAUUUAAUGUUAAUUCCCGCGUUAUUCCGUGCCAUACGUCAGGAACUUCCUUCCAUCGUACUUAUCGUGCACGAGUUGGAGACAUUUUCUGUGGCUGUUUUGAACGAUGCGCUACAUGCGUUGCUCGCAUGGUCGGGGGGUGCACUGGGAGAGGCCCCUAUGAUACAUUGCCUUUUCAUAUACACAGCGCCCUUGCCAGUACUUCCACGCUCGAGAGCAUAUGAAUCAUUCACUCGCGCGAAACCCUGGAUCCACACCUUUCUUUCGCCGCGAGUACUGGCACAGCUGGAUCUGGCCACUGUCGACUUGCCGGAUAAGACUGAAUUCUGGGAGCAGGUCGUCUGCUCAUUUUUUGCAUUACCUCAAACUAAUAUAUGGCUUGGUCGCAGUAUAUUCGAGCUAGUGCGACGGCGCUAUUGGCAUGCAUCGCCUAGUUAUGACACUGUAGCACAAUGCAUCCGCCUGUGUUAUUUGGAGCAUUUCCGUUCACGACCACUAUCUGCCUUUGUGCACCGACGACCGGAUCUGGCAUUAGUUCAAGAGCACUGGAGCCCGGAAAUUCUAGCGCAGAUGCGCUUGGCCAUGUGCUCUAGCUACUUGGGCCAAAAACCUAUACCACAACGGGUCAAAAAGCUUGCCAAGGAUGACGCGGCUCUUCUGAGCAUGGUGUCUGGUGUGUGCGAGGAUAUGCGGAUUUGCAUGACGCGGCGUGCUAUAACAUUAAGCGUGGUUGAUGUUCUUCUGCAUACAAUGGGAAUCUCCGGUGCUGUCGGUACAAAGCUCGGGUUAUCCGGCUGCACCGCCGUGGCUUUAGAAUGGGACCCUCCUUUUACGGACUGGGACGCUUCAAGAACGGCCGUGACCGGCGUCACAGCUUCAACGCCUCAUGCUGAGCAGCUCGGUACAUUGAUCCAACAUCUUUGCACGACGGUUACAGUAGAGCAAGUCGACACUCUUACGACGGCUCUGCUCGAACGCCUGGAGGCGUUGGAAGCAACUUUAGACGUUGCUGCAGCAGCCGUUGUCCGCACCUCGUAUCGCGAACUCAAGUCCUUUUUAAUGCAUCCCGCCAAGCGGAGUUUAUCUGAGACGGCAAUGAUUCGUCGCUCAGCACUGGCUCGCUGGGUCUCGACGACAUGGGCUGAGCACCGCGAAACACCGUCUGAUCUGGGCGCAGCCAUUUGCACCUAUGACUUCGCAGAUCCCAUCUCGACCUUAUUAGAGGGAGCGGCUCGCGCCGAUAUUCUAUUAGCGCUUGAUUCACCGACUGAAGCCCUUGUUUCCAUGUAUGCUGCUUCGCAAACAGCACCUGGACAAAGGGAACAACCGCUGACGCAUGACUGGCCAGAGUGGGAGUCGCAGAAUUCUGAAGUCCAUACGCUUCGAACCAUGCAUGAGGCAUUGAAAAUGUCCGUGAUUCCUGAUGUUUGCCGACUCUAUUCACUCUAUAAAGAAUCCAGCAAGUUUAUCAAUUUGUCAGACUGGUAUGAAGCUUUUGUGCAGUCGUUUGAGACAGAGGCGAAACAGCGAGAACAAACUCAGUUGCCUGCCGAGGAAGAAGCGGCCGACCUGCAAAUGCGGUUCAGCCUUGCUGUCAACGAACUAGCGCAUAUGGGUCUACUAGGACCCACAGGGCGUAAACCAGAGCAUGUAUAUCGCAUUGUGUGGGAUUUGCCGAUUAGCAGCAUGGACGAUGCUUAA